GUUCCUGGACUACGUACCGCGGCCACUGCCAAGUCGGAUUGUUCCCAACUCCUGCUGUUCUGCCACGCGCAUGGGCUGGGAGACGAACACUUGGAUAGCUCUCAUCCACCAAUCGUGACGUUCCCCGAGGGCGAUCCCGCGACAUCAUCCUACAGGCGAUUCCGUCACUUGCAGACUACUCCGUUGAGCUUUCUGUUUCCUUCGGGAGCGUCUCGACGGCUCUCUGUCAAAAACAACCGUUGCCACCAGACGCGGACGUUUCGAUCCACUUUGAAUGUCCGACCCAUGGUUCCAUUUAGCGCAAGGAUUUGAAACUGAGACUCAGAUUUUCUUGUGUGCCUUCUUGAAUGCCUUCUUGAUCGUUCUUGUCUCCGCACGAACUCGAUUCCACCACUUCCACACUUGUUGAGCAUUUCGUGGGGAGGAGCGAAGUGAAGUUGCAGAGGUCUGAUAUGGAUCCACAUAUGACUCAUUACAAAGCUCUUCGCCGUCAUAUGAAUGAGCAUGAAGACAAGAUUGAUGCCUUGACUACCGAGCAACAUGAGAAACAAACAAUAAUUGAUCUUUUAAAACAAGAUUUGAAAGCAGUUCGUGAGGAGACAGCGCGCCUUGAACUUGCAAUCAAACUUCGGUCGAAAGAAAGUGACCAGUUAUCCAACUCUACCAAAGAGUGUAGGAGAAGUUUAGCAGAACGCGAGGAGAGCCGCCGUGCUCUUGCAGAUGCGCUGCGGGUUCUGAAAGAGGAAACGAAAAAUCGGUCCGCUCGUCUGACGGAGAGAAAGUUGUACUUUGAGAAACUUGUAUCGUCGACUCGAUCUGAGCUGGAGAAGUGGAUAUUUCACGUCCAAUCUUCUCAGCCGAAGGAAGGGAGUAUUCUGAAGAAUGUACAUGGGACACGCAGUCUUCCAGAAACAAUCGACUAUAUCAAAGAAGCAAUUUCAGUCGAUCACGCCGAACCUGAUCAUCAUGAAGAAGGAACUACCAUUCCUGUAGCGACUAAACCUCGUCUGGAGGAGACCCUGAAGGAGUUGCAAUCGCAAUACCAUGAGCUCGUCAUGAUAACUCCUAGACUGGAAGCGAACUUGCUUCGACUCAAAACAGAGAAGACAGCGGAAGAGGAGUUCAUAGUGUCACUCACUGAACGUCUUACUCAACUAAAGGACUUUUAUCAGCAAAUUAUUUGCGAGUCUUGCGGUCAUGAUUAUUCGAUCCAGUUCGAGGAAUUCACAUUUGUGGUGCGGGAUAGUACUAGUGACCAGACUGAAGUUUGCAGCGCAGCUCAAACUUAGGAAAAGGACGCUUGUGAAGGACUAAUCUUCACUUGAAGUAAUGUAUGAAUGCAAGAUGUGUCUCAAUGCGGUGUACUUCCUGAGCGUUGGCAACAGCCAUGUCUUCUUCCUAUUGGUGGUCAAAAGCAAGCACGUCUCACACCCGCCUCCAGUCUAUUCGUAUUGCUUGCAUCAGCUUUCAAGGAUGUUAUUCGACUGUACUACGAAAUCAGACGUGAUUUUGGCAAAAUGCUGUGGCUAUGAGGGUACUUGGAUUCUGAACGAGAGAGAAAAUUCGAUCCAGAUUGCUCUUUGAAACUUUAGUUCAUGACCCUCAUUUUAGUUGUUGUGCAUGGUACCCUGUUCCUCACCUGGCGUCUGUUCUGGCUGAUUCUUCACUUGAGCCAUAUUAGACUAGAUUAUCUGAUUCCAAUACAGCUUUGGAUCUCAAAAUUGCACAAGUUAUUGUUAUUGAUGACUUAUCUGGUCUGAAUAUGCCGGCAAAAUAUCUCAGGGCUAGUACUGAAACCGUCUUCCACCAUCCUAAUAUUCACAGUAGAUUCUUCAAGUGCAAAUCAAAGGGUCACAAGCCUGAUGGGUAAAUGUGGGGAUGUGGACAGGCGGAGAGCC